CUCGUACCCUGCACUAACAUUCACUGUUGCGAUCUCCCUCAAGUGAGACUUGGAUAAAGACAAAGCUUUUGGACAAUUUCCUUUUAGAAGCAGAGUUACCUUCUGAGACAUGGUGUCUGCAGGAAUACAGAUCUUGGGCAUUGCCCUUGCCAUCAUCGGCUGGAUUGGGUCUAUCAUUACCUGCGCUCUCCCAAUGUGGAAGGUCACAGCGUUCAUCGGUAGUAAUAUCGUCACUGCUCAGACCAUUUGGAAGGGAAUCUGGAUGGAAUGCGUUGUUCAGAGCACAGGCCAGAUGCAGUGCAAGGUUUAUGACUCCAUGCUGGCUCUUGACCAAGAUCUUCAAGCAGCCCGGGCAUUGAUUAUAGUUGCCAUUCUUGUCGGCAUCGUUGCCAUUCUUCUAGCCGUUGCAGGGGGCAAGUGCACCAACUGCGUGGAGAAUGAGAGCUCCAAAAUCAAGAUUUGCAUUGCAGCAGGAGCCAUGUUUAUCAUCGCUGGUGUUAUGUGCCUCAUCCCUGUUUCCUGGACGGCAAACACUGCCAUAAGAGACUUCUACAAUCCAAUGUUAGUUAAUGGACAGAAAAUGGAGCUGGGAGCAGCACUCUUCAUCGGUUGGGGGUCCGCUGCUCUGCUCAUCCUGGGUGGGGGACUUCUCUGUGCCACCUGCCCUCCCAAAGAUGAGUACUCUGCCAAGUACUCAGCUCCUCGUUCAACUGCUCCGAAGGACUACGUCUGAGAGGGUGAAAGCUUUAAGAAAAGACUGUGCUUUAUUUCUGAAAUGUUUUUCCUAGUGACUGUUUUGUGUUUAGGAUUUAGUCUGAUGCUUUCUCGCUGAGCUCUUUGAAUCAUCAUGGGAAAAAGACACGGACCACACCCAAAUAACUGUAGC